AUGACCUCACUUUCCAACUAUCGUCUCCUCUCGUUUGACGUGUACGGCACACUUAUCGACUGGGAGACUGGAACACUAAAUGGCUUUAAGCCUCUGAUGGAAGCUAGCGGGGUUCAUCCAAGUCGGAGCCAAAUCCUCGACGCUUACUAUGAAUGCGAAAAGCUUCAGCAAAGCAAGACACCAAAAAUGAAGUAUGCCGACUUGGUCGCUACCAUUUAUCCUCAGAUGGCGAAGCGUCUUGGACUUCCCGAGCCAACCCCGGAGCAAAGCGCUGCAUUCGGCAGGUCUGUACGAAGCUGGCCUGCUUUUCCCGAUACCAUCGAUGCUCUUAAGCGACUGAAGAAGCAUUUCAAGCUUGUUUGUCUGUCUAAUGUCGAUAUCGAAUCUUUCAAGGGGUCUAACGAGGGCUCCUUGGAAGACUUCCCUUUCGACCUUGUGAUUACUGCCGAGGAAGUUGGAAGCUAUAAGCCAGAUCCCCGCAACUUUGAAUUUAUGCUACGUGCGGUGCAUGAGAAAUUCGGAAUCACCAAGAAGCAAGUGCUUCAAACAGCCCAGAGCCAAUUUCAUGAUCACCAUGCAGCGAGAAAGAUGGGGAUUCGCUCUAGCUGGAUUGUCAGGCCCGGGUCUAUUAUGGGAAACCUUGAUGAGCAUGUGUACGACUGGAAAUUUGACACUUUGGGCGAUAUGGCAGAUGCACUCGAAAGGGGCCUCUGA